AUGAGUGUACAGAAAAUCAUAGAACAAAAAUUAAGCUUGGCCUUAAAACCCGUGUUUUUAGAAUUGAUUGACAAAUCAUGUGGAUGUGGAACUGCCUUUGAUGCAAUAAUUGUUUCAAAUAAAUUUGUGGAUAAAAGAUUAUUGGAUAGACAUAGAAUAGUUAAUGAAAUAAUAAAAGAAGAGUUACAAAAUAUCCAUGCAUUUUCUAUGAAAUGUCAUACUCCUAUUGAAUAUGACAAAAUUAAAGAAAAAUAA